UUUGUAAAAUUGAUAUUAAUAUUAGUAUUGGGAGAGAAUAAAAUGGUACCUUUUGUGUAGAAUUUUGGUUUGAAAGGGGAGUUUAUUUUUACUGAAAGAUAUUUGAGCUUGUGUUUAUUUAUAACCCCAAUCUCCUCACUAAGACUACCACCUCCUAACUCCCCUCUAGACCAUAAAAAUACUCCUACUUCUCUUAACCUUAUUCCACCUUCACUGAUCCUCCCCCACCCAAAAUCUUCACGAAGUAACCCACCGUUCAAAAAUUCAACCCAAGCUGGAAAGGAGAUUCUUAGCAACAAAUUGUGGGAAUGGAGUCCUUGAUAGUGGUGAACAGUGAGAUGAUUCGAAUGGGAAUAGUGGAGAUGGAUGUAGCUCUGCUUGUAUUUUGGAGACUGGAUAUGAGUGGGAUGGAAGCGCAGUCAAAGAUAUUUGAGGAGACGGGAAAGUUGUUCUUAGGCAAUCUACUGGUACAAUAAUAUAUGUAGAUGAGUACUGAGAUGAUGGGAAUCUUGUUGACGGAGAUGGCUGAGAUAGCACAUGCAAAAGAGAAAGCGGAUAUCUUUGUUAUGGAGGCAGUCUCACCUCUAGUGAUGUUUGAAUUGAUAUAUGCGGAGAUGGAGUAAAAAUAAGUAAGGAUGCUGAAGAUUGAGAUGAUGGAGAUACUCUAAGUGGAGAUGGUUGUGAUUAUAAUUGAAAAGUUGAAGACGGGUACACUUGUUCAGGUGGAAGCUUAACUUCUCCUGAUGUUUGUACAAAGAAAUGAUCUGAUGAGAAUUGAAUAACCUGAAAUACCAAUGAUAUCACUAAAUGAUAUGUUUGUCAGGAUGGCUAUAAACUUCAAAGUAAUUUGACUUGUCUUGGAUCUAAUGUCACUCAGCAAGUGAAGCAAAUGGGCCAAGCAACCAUGGCUGCUACUGGAGCUGCAUCUUCAGUAGCUAUAGGAAUAUCCUUGCUUUCAUUUUCAUCUCCAAUGGCAAUCUGGUUCCUUGCUAACCAGUUCCAACUGUUUUCGCUUUUCUUAUUGACUAACACUGCUCUACCUGUCAACGUGGUUGAGUAUAUAAAAGGUAACUCGAUGUUCUCAUUUUCAAUGGACUUUAUUCCCUUUACUAAUGCAGCUAGCAAUGGGGUUUCAAAGGGUUUCAACAAAGACCAGAAGCACCAAGAACUUAGAGAUAUUGGUCUAGAAUCACAAAGCGCAUUUGUGAACAACCUAGGAUGACUUAUUACAUUAUUUAUCUUUGUCUUCUGUCACUUAGUUGUAUAUUUACUACAAAGCAAAUCUGCUCGGAUGAAUAGUCCACUUGAAGUAACCAAGUUUAGCAAGUUCAUGAUAAAAUUAUACAAAAUAUUUACUCUAGGAGUGUACAUCAGAUUCGUGUUGGAGGCUUUUCAGCUAAUUGUAAUGAGUUCAUUCUCUGAAAUUAUCACUCUUGAUGUAUCUGAGCCGCUCUCAGUUGUAUCUUGGGCACUAGCUCUCUUGCUUUUCUGUCUAAGUGUUGCUUAUUUUGGAAUAGCAGUUGUUCAUACAUGUAAGCUUCAGGAUGAUACUGAAAGAAGUGAGAGUUCAAAAUUAGAAGAGUUCAAUUCUGGACUUAAAAACAAAAAAUUAGCCAAAAUGUACACUCCAAUGAUACUACUCAGAAGAUAUCUGCUUGUGAUAUGGCUAGUCUGAAUGUUGAAGUCGGAUCCAAUUGUUAUUAUGUCAGUUAUAAUAUCGUUACAAGUGCUGUAUCUCUUCAUUCUUAUGAUUGCUAAGCCGUUUGAAGACAGAACAAACAAUGUUAUAGAAUUGGUAAAUGAGAUAAUUUUUACCAUUUUGAUUGGACUUUUAUGAAGAUUCAACACAGAGAAAGCUUGGAAUGGAUCAAUAGAUUCGAUUUUUAUAUCAAUAAUGCUGUUCAAUACACUCAUAGUCACUGUAAUUCUCACAAUAUCUUUUAUAUACAAGCUCAAGCAAAAAUUCAGCAAUCAAAAUCAAAAGAGAGGGAGUAACAAAAUAGCAAAUGUAUCAGGCAUAACUCCUCCUCACUUCUCAACCAUGCAUCAUCCUUCCAACUAUGCUUCUAGUCUUUCAGGGACUUCCUCUAUCCAGCUGGGGCUAUCCAAAUCUAAGCCCAUAAAACCAGAGCGAGUUGUAGACUGGAACUCCUCCUUCAAGCCAUCACUCAAGGAUCAUAGCCCCAAAGAGGAAUCUAAGUUUUAAACCAACAUAGAUUUUAGAAUUUGUCAUUAUCCUGGCCUAG